AUGCCUAACAACUCCGCGAGUUCGAGUCACGCGCAAACCGCCACCCGCGGAUCGAAUAUCGGUACCUUGCGGCGUAGACGGGGUCACAUCCUCGGGCAGAUUUCCUCUUUGAAGACCUUCCUCGAUUAUUAUGAGGAGUCUGAUUCACGCGAUUCGUUCUUAUUGGAAACCCAUUUGAACGGCUUAAAUGAGACCUGGAAGAAAUUCGACGACCUUCAAUUUGCCCUCGAAGAGCUCGACGAAUCAGAAGAACCGCGUCGAUAUCAAAUUCAAAACGACUACUACACCGCAAUAGCCAGGGCAAAUCGUCUGUUGCAUAAUGGACAACCAACAGGUUCCACGACACGCGCCGCUAAUCCGUCCCCGGCAUCCACCGCAUCGGCACCGAUGGCCAUUAAACUACCUGAGAUGCGCCUGCCGACUUUCGACGGGACAAUAGAAGAAUGGUCAUCCUUUCAUGAUAUCUUCACUUCAAUGAUCGAUCGUAACGAAGAUUUAACACCGGUACAGAAGUUUCAGUAUUUACGUUCUACCUUAACCGGUAAGGCCGCGGCGUGCAUCAAGGCGUUAAGCACCACCGACGCGAAUUAUCACGAUGCAAUCGAACUAUUACGCGAAAAAUACGACUGUCCACGUCGCGUCAUAUUAGGCCAUUGCGACGCGCUGCGGGAUAUCCCAAAACUCAUAAGGGAUACACCGGAAGCCUUGGGCGAUUUAGUAGAUAACGUGAACCAGCAUCUACGCGCAUUGACGAGUCUGGGCGAAAAUGUAAUCUCAUGA